AUGAGCAGCACAAUCCAGGAGCGUCUCUCCAGUCUCAAAAUCGAUGACGUCACUAGUGAGACGGUGCUCGAAUUCGAAGCCGACGUCGAUGAGUAUUUGUUGAAUUUGGAGCGAGAGCUGCAAUUGGAGUUGGCGAAGAAGCGCGAGUGCGCGAAUCGUAUCGGUGUGGUUCAGGCCCAGGUUUCCGAAUUGUGGGAUCGAGUGGAUAAGGCGAGACGUAGAGAGACUGAUAUUAGUUAUAGGGUUACGUCGUGGGCUCAACAAUUGGCUGAGCAAAUGGAAAUGGUAAGCUGGAAUUCGUGUUUUCUAGGCUUAUGAAGCUCUGGAGCCCAAAAAACGGUCCAUAAACCUUCCGGAGCCCAAAAAACAGUCUAGAAUCCUUUCGGAGACGAAAAAUAGUCCAAAAACCUUCCGGAAGCGGAAAAAACGGUCUAGAAACCUUCCGGAGACGGAAAGACAGUUCAUAAACCUUCCACAGACAAAAAAACGGCCUAGACACCUUUCAGAAGCGGAAAAACUGUCUAGAAGCCUUCCGGAAGCGAAAAUACGGUCUAGAAAUCUUCCGGAGACGAAAAAACAGUCCAAAACCCUUCCGGACCCGAAAAAUUGGUUUAGAAGCCUUCUGGAAGCGGAAAAAUGGUCUAGAAGCUUCCAAGACACGAAAUAGUGAUCUCGAAGCCUUCUGGAGACGGAAAAGUGGUCUAGAAAUCUUCUUGAGGCGGAAAAAUGGUCUAGAAACCUUCCGGAGACGGAAAACCAGUCUAGAAGCCUCCGGACACGAAAAAACGGCCUAGAGACCUUCUGGAAGCGGAAAAACUGUCUAGAAACAUUCUGGAAGCGGAAAAAUUGUCCAAAAACUUUCCGGAACCGGAAAACGGUCUAGAACCCUUCCUGGGACAACAAAAACGAUUCAGAAGCCUUCCGGAGCCCAAAAAACAGUCCAGUAGCCUUCCGGAGACGAAAAAACCGUCUAGCGGCCUUCCAGAAACUAAAAAAUGGUCUAGAAACAUUCUGGAAAAGAUUUUUCUAGUCUACAAACCCUAAACACUAAUUUUCGACAAAAACUACGAACUCUGACUCAAAAACUGACGAAAAUCAGAAUUUUUGGCCUAAAAUCGUCUCAUGGUCAAUUUUAAAUGAGUGCAAGUAUCGAAAAACUGUUCAAUUUUGGUCAGAAAACCCUUAUUUAGCUUCUAAACAUCAAAAAACAUGAGAUUUACUGAAAAUUCACCAAAAAUCCUGCGAAAUUUCGAAAUUUCAAGCCUAAAAUCAGAUCAAAAGCAGCUAAUCUCUCAAAAUUCCAGAUCAAAACCAAAAAACAACAAAUCGGCUUCACCAUGGACACCUCUGCGCAAAUCUCCGCCGAAAUCGCCGAAAAUCUCGAACGCCUCGCCGAAAAACGCGAAAAAGUGCAAAUAAUGCGCGAAGAGAUUGAUAUUCGUCGAAAAUUGCACAAACAACAGUUGCGCGACGUGAAAAACGAUAUAAAAGAGAUGGAGGCGAGCACAAAACAUUGGAAUCAUGUCGUCGACAAGGUUUCCGAAGCUAUUCGACUUUUAAAGGGACAACGUGAUGGUUUGGUGGAGAGAUUGAGGGAGGAAUUGGAGCAGGAGACGUUUCAGAAGAAAAUGCUCGAAGAUUUGGAGAUUUCAUUGCGAAAUGCGAAUUUGAUCAAUAAACAAAGAGCCGGGUGCGCUUCUUCGUUUUCAACUAUCACAGAAAGCUAUUAA